AUGAGCGCCCCUCCCCCGCCUCCGCCUCAUGGCGAGGCACCCAAAACCACUGCUGGCUCUCCGCCUCCUGGCAGUGGCCUGGGCCCAGGCAAUUAUGACAUAUUCGUCAUUCCCCAGCGCGACAAGGGCGGCGGAUUCAUCUACCUACCCUCUCUGGCGCCCCAAGGCCCUAGCUUCGCCGCUGGCUUCGCAUGCGCCCUCGUCAUGGUCGUCAUGUUCCAGAGCAUGGCGCCGGCCUUCAAGGCAUGGUGGUUUACAUAUCAGGGUAUGGGAAACAUGGGUAUGGCCCUGCUUGUCAUAGCCGUCGGCGUGGGAGCCUGGGCAUGGGGAAAGUCGCAAAACCAGGGCGCUCCUCCAAAUAACGGCUCGACUGGCUACCGCCCCGGCCCCGGUGGCUACGGCUCAGGCGCCAACUUCAACAACAGCUACGCCAAUGCCGGCCCACCGCCGCCUCCGCCGCCUCACGGCAAUCAAUACAACGGCCCUCCCCCGAACAGCCCGCCGCCCAACCACGGCGCGGGAAACGGCGGUCCUAGGUCUCAAUGGCAAGAACGACCUCAGCCUCCACCCCCUCAGGAACCUGAAACUGAACCUGAGCCAGAGCCUGAACCUCGAAAACCAGAUCCUCCUCCUCCUUCCCCACCAAAACCAAAACAACCUGAUCCGCCGAAAACAAACACCUGGGAGAAGGCACGGGAGGAGACGAAGAAGCGCGAACAGGAGCGCAAGGCAAAGGAAGACGAGGAGCGUCGCAAAGCAGAGAUGGCGCGGAAGCUGAAGGAGUUCCGCGAAAGAGAAGCUCGAGAACGAGCGAGGAGGGAGAAGGAGGACCGUGAAAGACGAGAGAAGCUUGAACAAGAGAUACGCGAAAAAGAAGACUUGAAACAGAAACUUGAAAAGGAACCCAAGAGAGAGCGCGAGGAAGCAGAAAAAGCAAAGAAGGAUCGCGAAGACGCAGAAAAGGCCAAGAAGCUGGCCGAGGAGGAGGCAGCUCGCAAAGCAAAAGAGGAAGCUGCACGCAAGGCCAAGGAGGCAGAGGAGGCCGAAAAGGCACGCAAAGGAAGUAGCUACGCCUACUCGUCCGGCGAGAAGACGAGUAUGUGGCCCAACGGCCGACCCCCUGCUCCCCCCUCCACGGCGGCUUCGACGCCGCCCAGACCUCCCCCACAACCGCCGCGACCGUCGGCACGCACUGUUGACGAAGACCAAUAUUCAUACCGACCAUACGAUAAGCCGAGACACCGACCCGCGUCUUCUGUCGGCUCCGAGUCAUCGUGGGCCCCGUCGGCCACCACGACAAGAACGACGCCGCCGCCUAGCAUGCGAGGCCCUUACACGACCAAGGAUCCCGACAAGAUUGUCAUCAGAGCUGUCUACCUGUUCAUGAACCAGUUCGCAAAGACGCCUGCGAGCCAGCUCGUUUCGGGGUUUGGCACAGUGACAGAUGGGCUCAUCCUGCGAAUCACGACCGAAGGUCUCUUCAUCGACGACGACGUCCGCGGCGUUCCGCAGCGCGAGUGGGACGUCAAGGCUUGGACGCUAAAGCUGGUCGAGGUAUGGUGCCCCCCGCACUGCUUGAAUUCGAAUGCUGCUUCUGCCCCUGCGAUGAAUUCCCAAAACCAUCCUUCGGGUUUGUUUCAAAAGAUGGCGAAUCAGCGAGCCCGUACGGCGGACCGGGGAGCCACCAAGAUGCUCACGGGUGACGAAGCCGAUGCCUACCUGACCGAAAUGUUGCGUGCUUGCAAGAGUUGCUGUCGUCUUGGCUUGUGCGACACCAAAUUCAAAGAUACUAACAUGGGUUCUGCGUCCGGACAGACUGGGGAGUGGAAGACAAAGAGCCUGCACGUGCUGCGCGCAACAGUCCGAGACCAAGAAGGCAAGCGAUACAUGUUUGUCUUGGAUGAAGAAGAGGCGUGGAAGGUCGCCGUGGGCGUACAGCGGUUGCGUAAGGGCACCCAGGUACGCUCGCUGGGUGUCAGCGGCAUGAGCGCGUCCGAUGCGCGCAACACGCUCGAGACUCUGGGCUGGUCAUGA